UUAACAUAAUAGCCAGCUCACUAGCAGAAUUCUCCAUUCGCUCCUUGCUACGAUUCGCUUAUCGACCAAAAACCUGUCAGAAUUCCCUGAUCGUAUUCGAAUAGACGAGAGGCAGAAAAGGACUAAACGUGAGUAAUUUAAAUAUGAAAUUAUAAUGCGCAUACCAUACAAUAUUUAUACUUACACAUAUGAGUUAUAUAUGUAUAUUUAGUUACGGUCUACUUAUCUAAACUUAUAACUAUGCGAAAAUGCGAGAUAAAAUUACAGUAGAACUUAUUGUUUUCUCGAUAGGAAAAUUAUAAUCUCCCGUUACAAAACCCGAGCGUUUUAUUGGGGAUUACGAUUCCGGAAACUACCUUCUGUCAAACGGUUGACCAAAGUCAACAAAUUAUAAUUUUCGUUUACGCGAAUAUCUACGUUUAAUUCUCGGGUAUGUCGAACCGAAAUAGAGCCAAACAGAGUGGAAAAAGCACUUCAGAGGGUGCCAAAGAUAAUGCUACUGGGGCGUGGCUAAAACCUGUAGGAAGGGGUGUGUCGGACAGUGGAAAAGUGUGUGGUAGUGGUAAAAUUGGACAGGUGGCCUUGAAAGUUCCAAGGGAUAAGCAGUUCGAUGAUACUGUACCCGGCUGGGCGUGUAAAAUCUGCCAGGGAGCGGAUACCGAAGAUAUGGUACAAUGCGAUGUUUGCGAUAAGUGGCAUCAUUAUGAGUGUGUUGGAGUAGCAGAUGAUAUUGCGAACGUGAGCUGGAGGUGUCCCAACUGCGUAGCUGAAAGGGAGUACCAGCGUAAGCUGCAGCCGAUCCCAAAAUAUGCAGGUGGUCUAGAGAAAUCGUCUAAACAAAAUCAAACCGGUGGUGAUUCGGUUAUGCCUGCGGUCCCGAAGAUUAAUGCGCCGAUUGGAUUACCCAUCGCAGUAGGUGUGGCGGGCCUCUCGAUUUCGUCUGGACGAAAUCCAAUAGUUUCCAAAAUGGUUGCGGCAUUGGAGGUCAAGCAGUUUAAACACAGUCAAUCUGUUACGUUGCCGGUGCAUCCCAAUUCGGACACGAAGGCGACUAUAUUGGCGAAUAGAGCACGGUCAGCAACUUCACAAUCGUGCUCGAUAAAGUCGCUCUUGAAGCUAGAACUUCAAAAAUUAGAAGAGGAGCGGGCUUUCGAACAACAGGAGGCGGAGAGGCGUAGAAUGCUGGAGCAGGAGGAAGCAAAAAGACGACGAGAUUUUGAGCUGCGUGAAGCGGAGAAGUAUCGUGAAUACAUCAAGAAGAAGUAUGCUCUACUUGAAGAAAUGUCGAACCGGUCUGAUUCAAGUCGCAGCGAGGCGGCGAGCAGAGUUGAUGAUUGGGUAAACAGCGUAAAUAUUCUGCAACAAAGAGGGAGGAAAGUUACUCAGACCGCUGGCGGCUUCAAUCCACAGCGACACUCUACUCAGCAUCAAUUCACGUUUCCGGACCAUGAUGAUAUUCCCCGAAGUAAUGCACCAGCCGUAGGUUCCAUUAUUGGAAGCGCAUGUAACGUUCGAAAUGAUUCAAUGGUGCCGGCCGACCGAACCCGUUCCCGUUCCGAUUCUACAAUACACGGUAGCGAACAUCCGCUCACGCGAUCCGUACAAAUGACGCAACAAGUUAGUCGGUUGCCAGUAGACGAAGAAGACGACACGGACUUUUGCCAGCUCAGCAAGAAACAGUUGGCCGCACGUCAAGCGAUUUCAAAGGACCUGCCUGUCUUUUCGGGUAAACCAGAAGAGUGGCCCAUUUUUAUUUCAGUCUACAAUAGUACUACGGCUAUGUGUGGAUUCUCAGACGAAGAGAACAUCAUCCGGCUUCAAAGGUGCCUGAAGGGGAAAGCUUACGAGGCGGUACAAAGUCGACUGUUGUAUCCAUCCAACGCUUCCGGUGUGAUUGCAACAUUGCGAAUGCUUUAUGGACAACCAGAGGCUAUCGUCAACUCGUUGAUAGGGAAAAUCAACGCACUUCCCCCACUGCGGGAAGAUAAGCUGGAAACAAUCGUAGACUUUGCUGUGAACGUGCAGAAUUUCUGUGCAACAGUUGACGCCUGCGGUAUUGCAGACUAUAUGUAUAACAUUUCUCUGCUACACCAACUUGUUAGCAAGCUUCCGCCGACCAUCAAGUUGGAUUGGGCGCGAUACCGGCUGACUCUGUCUACUGUCAAUCUAGCGACGUUUGGAGAUUGGGUGUACUCAUUGGCGGAGGCAGCCAGUGCAAUAACUAUCCCAUCGGUUAUGAUGGAGUCCAAGCCAGCACGUUUCGAGGCUAGAGCGACUAAAAGGGAAAGUGCCUACCUUAAUGCCCAUGCCGAAACGUCACGCCAAGCUUCUGCAUCCCUGCACACACUUCAGUCCAGUGCAAAUGUGAAACGAUCGUUCGAUAAUAGUUGCCCCAUCUGCAAAGGUAGCUGUAACGCAGUCGCCAAAUGUAAGCGCUUUCAGGAGCUGUCCCGGGAUUCACGAUGGGCCGCAGUGCGAGAAUUCGAUUUAUGUCGCAGAUGUCUCCGCAAACACGUUAGGGACGGCUGCACUGCUAAACUAUGCGGAAAAAACGGUUGUACGCGGAUGCAUCAUGAACUACUGCACAACGAUCAAAAGGACGAUUCGCCUGCCACGAUUACAUCGCCGGAGUUGCCUACGGAGAAGCAGAGUGGUGAACCAUCCCAUGGAUGUAACAUACAUCAUUCCAACUCUAGUGCCGUGUUGUUCCGAUACCUUCCGGUUGUGUUACACGGCAAACACCGGUCGAUUCGUACGCAUGCUUUCUUCGACGAGGGGUCAGAGUUAACACUACUCGACCAGGAACUUUCAGAAGAGUUGAUGCUGGAAGGAAAUGUGCAACCGUUGUGUCUGAGAUGGACCGGAGGCUCCCAACGAAAUGAGACGAACUCCCGAGUCGUCAGCCUGGAAGUAUCAGGAAUACAAAAUUCUGCCAAAAAAUUCAAGCUCAACAGCGUGCGCACUGUUGAAAGCCUACUUUUACCGCACCAAACGCUCGACACGGAGGAAUUGGCGCAACUCUACCCGCAUAUCCGCGGACUGCCCAUUGAAUCAUAUAGCGACGCAAGACCACGUAUACUGAUCGGAAUGAAGCACCUAGGAGUCAGUGUAGUGCUUAAGACCAAAGAGGGUGGAUACGAUGAACCAAUUGCAGUAAAAACACGGCUAGGAUGGACCGUUUGUGGCGGAUGGAAGCUGCAUGAAACCCUUGCUGCUGGACAAUGUGCGUUUCAUGUGUGUGUAGAUGCAGAACACUCCGACGAGAACUUGCAUCAAGCCGUGAAGGCUUAUUUCGCAAUGGAUAGCCUAGGCAUCACAAAAUCCGACAAGGUUAUUCUAUCUUCCGAAGAUCAACGUGCUGAGAAUAUCUUGAAGUCUCGUACCCAACUUGUUGGCAAUCGCUAUGAAACUGGUCUACUUUGGCGCUACGAAGAUAUCCGUCUACCUGAUAGCCGUGAAAUGGCUCUUCGUCGACACCAAAGCCUUAUUACACGAAUGGACAAAGACCCGUUCUUAGCGGAGGCACUCCAACAGAUGAUUUCCGACUACGUUGCGAAAGGGUAUGCAAGGAAACUUAGCGACGACGAACUCAAACAAACGUUUCCGCGCGUCUGGUAUCUUCCAGUGUUCCCGGUAACAAACCCGAAUAAGCCCGGAAAAGUGCGAUUGGUUUGGGACGCAGCGGCCAAAAGUUUCGGGAUCUCAUUGAACUCCGUUCUGCUAAAAGGACCAGAUUACCUUUGCUCGUUAUUUGCUAUCCUGCUUCAAUUUCGAGAAGGACGAAUAGGUCUAGCUGGGGACGUGCGCGAGAUGUUCCACCAGAUACGUAUCCGUGACGAAGACCAACAGUGCCAACGCUUUUUCUGGACCGACAAGGACGGCAAUUUGGCGACCUACGUCAUGAGCGUGAUGACGUUCGGUGCCUGCUGUUCGCCUAGCAGCGCGCAGUAUGCGAUGACUUUAAACGCUGAACGAUUUUCUCACGAGUUUCCUACAGCGGCGAAGGUUAUAAUAAAGCGACACUACGUUGAUGACAUGCUGGUUAGCACUAAUUCGGAACAAGAUGCCAUUCGUAUUGCAGAGGACGUGCACUAUGUACACUCUCGAGGUGGUUUUGAAAUCCGCAACUGGAUCAGUAAUUCCAAACGGGUCUUGGGGUGUUUAAAACAAGAUAAGACCCACGAGAAAAAUCUGGAUCUCUCGCCCGAAUUGUCCACCGAGAAAGUGCUUGGGAUGUCAACGAUGCCCCACGAAACGUGA